AUGGAAACAGACUACAUCCGUUUUGUGAGAAAAUGUCAUCAAUGUCAGAUUCACGAUGAUUUGAUCCAGAUUCCACCAAAUGAACUCAAUGUGACGAGUUCUCCUUGGCCAUUCACAGCCUGGGGCAUGGAUGCUAUUGGUCCUAUUGAGUCAGCCGCAUCAAACGGACACAGGUUCAUUUUGGUAGCUAUUGAUUACUUCACAAAAUGGGUAGAAGCAUCUUCACAUAAGUUUGUGACAAAAAAGGUGGUGACAGAUUUUGUUCGCAAUAACAUAGUUUGUAGAUUUAGCAUCCCUAAUUCAAUUAUAACAGAUAAUGGAUCUAAUCUCAAUAGCGGUUUGAUGCAUGAGAUAUGUGAGAAGUUCAAAAUUAUUCACCACAAUUCCACUCCUUAUCGAUCUUAG